AAUAUUUAAACAGUACUACAUUGGCUGUCAAGAUUCCUGCAAGCUAUUUUUUAUUCCUUUACCAACUUCGUUCUUUUCCUAUCUUCAAUUACCCAGAAUUCAUGGCUGCCUAUCUCAUCCUGAAUCAACUUUGUUUUUCCUUUUCUUCUUCACUAAGAAACAAAAACUCUCAUCAAUAUCAAAAAGCUUUCCAGUGUAAUCCACCAAUAUUACAAAUACAUACAAAUUCCAUUUCCCCAAAACCGCUUCAACGUUGUUCGUCUUCAUCCCCUUCAACUGAGGCUAUCAUUAUGAAUAGCCGUGCUUAUGCUGACGUGCUUGCUUAUGAGGGACUAAUCAGUGUACAAGAUAGAAAUAGUAUUCUACAAGGUCUUGAUGAGAUAGAGAGGCGUAUAGAGGCAGGUGAAUUUGUAUGGAGGAGUGAUAGGGAGGAUGUUCGUACGAAAAUUGAAGAAACACUUACUGAUCUUAUUGGUGAGCCUGCUAAGAUGCUUCACACUGCACGAAGCGGAAAUGAUCAAGUUGCUACUGAUUUUCGUUUGUGGUGUCGAGAUGCCCUUGAUGAUAUCCUCAAGAAGAUCAAAAAGCUUCAGGUUGCACUGGUUACCUUGGCUCUAAAGAAUGAAGGUACUAAAAUUGUUAUCGGCUAUCCACAUGAUUUGCAAAGGGUGCAACCUGUUUUGCUGGAACACCUACUUUUAGCUUAUGUUGAGCAGCUUGAUCGAGAUGCUGGUCGUUUCACUGAUUGCAAAGCUAGGUUGAAUUACUGUCCUUUGGGUGCGGGCAUCGACCAACCAAUUGAUAGAUUUACGACUUAUUCUAAUGCCUUAGGAUUCACUGCUCCCUUGAGAAACAGCAUAGAUGCUGUCUCCGAUAGAGACUUCUUGCUGGAGUUCCUUUCAGCAAUCUCUAUCACAGCCAUUCAUCUUUCUCGGCUUGGUGAAGAGUGGGUGUUACGGGCUUCUGAAGUAUUUGGAUUCUUGACCCCAAAUCAUUCGGUUUCAACUGAUACUUUUUCACGAGUUGUUGGCGGCUUAGUUACUCUUCUUUUACGAUGCGAAGGACUUCCCCAAGCUUAUAAUCACAGUGAUCUUCAGGAAGACAAGGAGCCCGUAUUUGACAGCGUGAAGACUAUCGUAGGGAUGCUAGAGGAAUUUUCUGAGUUUGCACAAAACGUUACCUUCAACAAAGAUAGAAUCCGGAAAUCUCUGCGAGUCGCUCAUCUUGACGCUACAACAGUUGCAGAUUAUCUUGUAAAGAAGGGGGUACCAUUCAGAACUAGUCAUGACAUUGUAGAAAGAUCGGUAGCGCUGUGUGUAGCUAAGGGUUGUGAGCUUCAUGAUCUAACACUUGAUGAACUCAGGGGCAUUAGUCCAUUUUUUAGCGAGGAUGUGUACGAUUAUCUUGGGGUAGAGAAUUCCAUCAAGAAGUUCUGUUCAUAUGGUUCGACAGGUUCAGAAUGCGUGUCGAAUCAACUGGAUUUUUGGGCUGCUCAACUUGAGAUAGACAGGAAUGCAUACAAUCACAAGUGAUCUUUAUGAAUUUAAAUUCCUACCAAUUUCUGUUCAAUUAUGCAAUUUUUUUGGUUCUGCUAAACUUUUGCUACUCCUAAAGACUCUAUAUGGGCUGUGUGCCUGUAUCACAAAUUCCUACCAAUUUUUUUUGGUUCUGUUAAUCCUGUUAGACUUUGUUUUGUUUUAUGUUUUUCAAUUUUAAUUAAUCUUUUAGUUUGCCACUAUUUU